AUGGCAUCUGAAGCUGUUGCAACUAGCUCUACUGCCGCUGAGGGCUUGACCCCUGCGCAGAAGCUUAUGGAACAACACGAUCAUCAUGCUACCGUCGAGGACGUCGUCGAUGAAGAGGAUAUUGCCCACCCUCCUCCUUCGGCCGCCCUCAAGGCUCCCGAGUCCGCUGGCCUCAGCGAGAAAGCUGCUGGCAAGCAGAAGGCCGAAGAUGCUGCUCCUGUCAAGAAGGCUCCCGCUGGAUUGAACACUGCCUCUGAAGAGCUCUUCCCUGCCCUCGGUCCCGUCAAGCCCCGUGCUCCUGCUGCUGCCCCAACCUGGGGCAAGAAGCCUGCCUCUGUAACUGCCAACGGUCUCAACGGUGCUAAUGGAACCGGCAAUGCCCCAGCUUCGGCUGCCCCCGCCUCCGUCGGCCGUGGACCUGCCCUGCCUACCAUGAGCAUCCCGGGAAAGCACACCGAGCAGAUCUCGUUUGCUACCUCCCAGCUCACUCCUCGUCAGCAAUUGAAGAAGCCUGUUAAUGAGCUCAUCCGCGACAUCAAUAGGCGCUCCAAGGCCAAAUUGGAAUGGAAGACUGGUCCCAGCGGUCGUGUCAUCUUCGAGGCGACCGGCCCGGUUGAUGCCGUCCGCCAAUCGCUCAAGGAUAUCGCUACUGAAGUCGGUCUUAAGCUCUCUAUCAAGGUUCCCGUACCUGCCUCCGUUCGUGCAUUCAUCAUCGGCAAGGGUGGAGCCAAGAUCCAGGAAAUCCAGAAGCGCACCGGCGCCCGUGUACAAGUCCCCAGACAAGAGGCAGCAGAGGAGGAAGACUCCUUGAUUGAUGUUGUCAUUGAAGGAAAUGCGCUCACCGCCGAAAUGGCACGCCGCGAAAUCGAGGCCAUCGUCAACGAGCGAACCUCCACCGUCAACCUCCGUCUCAGGGAUAUCCCCGCUGAAUACUACCCCUUCUUGGCCGGCCCCCACAACUCGCUCAUUCAGAGCUUGGAGCAAGACCGUGACGUCCGUGUCCAGAUCCCGCAUUACACUACUUGGGACUCUCAAGCUCCUCCCCAGGGCGACCGCAACAAGCCUGUUCCCUUCGUUCCCCAAGCGAAAUACCCCAUCCAGAUCUCUGGAGAUCGCAACCAGGCCCAGGAAGUUCAGGCUGCGAUCGAGCGCCAGGUCCAGCAGCUUCGCCAGCAGCUUGCCAUUGACCAGCGUUCCAUUGAGCGUGGUAGGCAUCAAUUCAUUGUUGGUGACCGUGGCGGUUCUCUGCAUGAUUUCUUGGAGGAGACUGGAUGUUCCAUCAUUGUUCCUCCUGGCAGCGAUGACAGUGAGACCAUCUAUGUCGUCGGACCCCCAGACAAGAUCCAGAACGGUGUCAACAAACUAGAGGACCUGGCCGCAAGCAUGCAGAUGGCAAUUGUCGAUGCUGCUCGUGAGCACCGCGGCCGCAACGCACAGUCGCACGCGCACAACUUGACUAGGUACCUCCGUCAACGUCGCACCCUGGAGGAGCUCGAGCGUGCCCACGAGGCUAGCAUCGUCGCACCCGCCGAUCCUUUCGGCCCUACUGCCUGGGAGAUCUACGCCCGGGACGGCAAGAACUCCCAGAAGGCUCGUGCCGAUAUCCAGAGCGUCUUUGCUGGUCAUCCUCCCAGCAGGUUCUCCACGGUUCCGGUUGACCCAUUCUACCACGAGUUCAUUCAGCAGCGCAAUGCUCAGCGCAUCCGUGAGGAGCAUGGUGUGCACCUUGUCUUCCCAGAGGAUCCCGAGGAGACGCCAGAGCUCGUCCUGGUCUAUGAGGGCGCCACUCCCUUUGCCGACUACGCUAUCCCCCGAGGUGCUCCCCCACCAGCGGAGGUCAAGCAGUACGAGCAGGCUCUCAAGCAAGUUCAGCAGCUCAUCGAGAAACUUUGCAGCGGAGAGCAAGACCUCGUGUCCCGUGACGUGGAGGCACCACCCAAGUUCCACACCAAGAUCCAGCGUUACGUCGACCGUGAGCAACAGAAAUUGCCCAACGACAGCAUUCCCGCCCAGGUCCGCUUCGGUGAUCGACGACCCCAGGCAUCGCGCACCAAGUCCGCCAACGGCAUUUCCCUCCGCGGACCAUCAAGCGCUGUUGAUGACCUCAACGCCAAGAUCCUUGCUUUCAUUGAGCAAGAAGAGAAGGACGAGCUCGAGCGCGGAUACACCACCUCGUUCGACUUCCCCCAGAAAUUCGCAAACUUCCUCAUUGGAAAGCGGGGCGAGAAUAUUCGCAAGCUCCGAGACGAGUUUGAUGUUGACAUCCAGGUCAACGACGGCAAGGUCGAGCUCAAGGGACCACAGGCAAAGGCCAACGCCUGCAAGGCACACAUCCUGUCUUUGGGCAAGCGUCUCGAGGAUGAGACUACUCACGUCUUGAAGAUCAAGCCUCAGUUCCAUCGUGACUUGAUUGGUGCCAAGGGUAGCCAGGUCAAUCGCCUCCAGGACCGUUACCACGUUCGCAUCAACUUCCCCCGCUCGAACAAUGCUCAGGACGAGGAUGCUACCGAUGGCGCGUCCCAGAAGAACGUCCGCUCGCAAGCUCCCGAUGAGGUUACCAUCCGUGGCCCACGUAAGGGUGCUGACGAGGCUCGUGACGAGCUUCUGAACCUCCUCCAAUACACCCAGGACAACUCCCACACUGAUACUGUAUCCGUUGCCCAAAGUCAGGUUCCGUCUUUGAUCGGAUCUGGUGGCCGUGAGAUGGAGAAUCUUCGCUUGACGACUGGCGCCCAGAUCGAUGUUCCCGGUGCUCGUGAGGGUGCUGACCCAUCUGGCCGUGCUGAGAUCAGGCUCAAGGGUACGAAGAAGCAGGUCGAGGAGGCCAAGAAGCUUAUCCAGGAGCGCGCCAAGGUGUUCGACGACACGGUUGUUAAGACCAUCGAUGUUGACAGGAAGCACCACCGAACCUUGAUUGGCGGUAGCGGAUCUAACAUCCGUCAAAUCGUCACUGCCGCUGGGGGCCCUGACAAUGCUCGCGAGCUUGCCCGCAUGGUCCGAUUCCCCCGUGCUGAGUCUGAGGGAUCCAGCAUCCGCAUUGAGGGACCUACCAAGAUCGUCGAGAAGAUCGUCCAGUCUAUCCAGUCUCAGGUUGCCUCCCUCGAGAACCAGGUCACCGAGACUCUCGAGAUCUCUACCGACAAGCAUCGCUUGUUGAUCGGACGUGGUGGAGAGACCCGCCGCAACUUGGAAAGCCAAUUCAACGUGCAAUUGGAUAUCCCUAAGCAGGGUACUACCGGUGCUGCCCGCAGCCAGAUCAAGAUCACUGGCGAGCCUGCCCAUGUUGAGAAGGCCAAGGAGCACAUCCUCGAGCUUGUCAAGGGACAGGAGGGCGAGACGAUCCAAGUCCCACGCUACCUCCACCAUGCCAUCUCCGACAACGGCCAGUUCUUCCGUCGCCUUCGCAACGACCACAAGGUCACUGUCGACCACGCCGGUCAACAGACGCCCGCGAAGCCGGCUGCGACCGAAGCCGGUAAGGCCCGAAAGGGUGCCAACGGCGGUUCCCUGCCCCUCAUCACCGACGACACCACAUCUGGCGCCGAAGAGCAGUACUCCUGGGAGAUCGUCGACAACACGGCGACUGCUGAGGGCGAGGAUACCUCUGCUACGAUCCCUUGGAUCUUGCGAGGCCCUGCCGACAACCUGCCUCGCGCCAAGCAAGCUCUCGAGGCUGCCAUCGAGGCCGCCUCGAAGCCUUCCUCCACUGGCUACUUGAUCCUCCCCGACCCCAAGAGCUACCGCUUCGUCGUCGGCCCCGGUGGAAGCACGAUCAACAGCAUCAGGAAGAAGACCGGAACCAAGGUCCAGGUCCCCCGCGACCAGGCCCAGGGCGAGGCCAUCGAGAUCAUCGGCACCCCCGACGGAUGCGAGGAGGCCAAGGAGAUCAUCCUCGACAUUAUCAAGAGGGGCGGUGGUGGCAACGGACGCAAGUAG